AUGCCUGCAACCAAGAAAAAAUAUAAGAAGAUAGAUCUUAGCAGCGAUUCGGCUUACGGCGAACGAACUGCGGAUUUCAAAGUGCAGCAAUACGACUAUAACGAUCUUCAAAGUGGAGUUCUGGAGGCUGAGGCCCAACUAGAGUCUGAUCUCAAGUACCUAUUGGCAUCUCAAGAAGACGGAACCAUUUCGAGAAAAGAGCUCAAGGAAGCGAGAAAACUCAUCAACACGGAAGAGAAUCAAAAGCGUAUCAAGCGCAAGAAUCUCUUCACGAAAUUGGAGGAGAUCACUGGUGAUAUGAAUGAGAUCGUGCUUUCCAGUGACGACGAGCUGGAAGCUACCAGUGAGAGGCCAGACAGAAGCAAGAAGAAGGAGAAGAAGGCUGAGCCUGCUAAGAAUGAUGUGAAAGCAAGUGAGCCGAAGCAAAAUGGCAAGAAACAGAAAUCGGUGACUCCAGAUCUCGAGAAUAACCACAAUGAGAAGAAUGGAGGGGAUUCCAGCUCUUUGAACAGGGAAAGCUCCGCUGCAGCAGAGGCUGCUGUACCUGAGACGAUUCCAAAGAAGAAGAGAAAUAGAAAGAAGAAGAGCUCAUCUAAGAUCUCACCUGCGCAAGUAUCCUCGACCAUUUUACCAGAGAAAGAGCCUGUGAGUACCAUCAUCGGUCUAUCUCCGGAACAGAUUGUCAACAUGAAGCUCACCGACGUGAAGUUCAAGAUCAUCUCGACCAAUCCUGGCAUUCUGAAGAUUUGUCGUAAUGUUCUUGAUUUCGUCAAAAGAGAGAGCGAGGGUCUCUUUGUCGACGAAAAGCUCCGGGAUAACUUUUUGGAACUCUGUGUUCAUGUGGCCAUGCGUGAAUCCAAUGGUUUCAACGACGUGAGCAAGAAGUAUCCAAAGCUUAUGGCUCGUCUCGCAGCAAUGAGAGAGCUUACACUAGAACACACUAGGACCACUAUAACUGAGUCAAGCAGAAGGGCACAUCAGAACAACUUCGACUACACUGUCUUCUCCUACAUCGGGCACAUCAUCAUUUGGGCAUCAUACCUCCAACAGAAAGCCAAGAAACCUGUUUUGCUAGAGAACUUUGGUUUCUCGAAGAAAGAUGUUCUUGCCUCUAUGGGUGGUUGUCAUUUGUGGGACCGGAUCAGAAGGGAUCCUGGCACAAUCAAUAUGAAGCGAUGGAAGCAUAUCCAGAAGUUUCGUCAAAACUUUGCCUUUGAAGAGCACCAAUUCGUGGUGAUUCUUCGAUUCAUGCAUCUUGGCACUGGUCUUUGUUGA